GCCUUCGGGUACCAUACAGCUCACACAUCACUUGCGUUAAGAUCUGACAGCUGAAAAUGAAAGAGAUCACAAAAAAUGUAAACACGAAACCACGAAGCGCACGAAGGUUUGACGGUCACGAUCAUUUGAAUAUGAGCCCGCUAAAAAUCUCGAGGCGAUUGUAGUCGGGUCAAGUUGGGUUAAGAUGAAUUCAAGCGGAUUGGCUGUAGCAAUCCAUUUAUACCGCUGCUGCGCCUUUCCCGUGUGAACUUUGAAAUAUAAGGUUAGCCGCUCUUUGUAAGCACGGUCGUAUUUUGUAAGAAAUGUCUGCGGCUCUCAGCUUAAUAUUAGCGAAAACAAAGAAGGUUUUCUCAUACAAUACUAAAAGUUUGAUUUUAAGAUAUGUGCAGACUGAUGAAAAUGUCAAAGCUAAAAAAUAUACGUCUACUUUGUUGUUGCCACAAACAAAGUUUCCAAAUCGUUUAAAUGGGAAAAAAAGAGUGGAGAUGGAUAAUUAUUUGCUAGAGAAGUGUGGAUUUUCUGAGCUAUAUAGUUGGCAGCGGGCCAAUCUUUCUGGGCCUGAUUUUGUACUCCACGAUGGACCUCCGUAUGCUAAUGGGAGCCCGCACAUGGGUCACGCCAUCAAUAAGAUUCUCAAAGAUAUUACAACUAGGAAUAAAGUUAUCCGAGGGCAAAGAAUACACUAUGUACCAGGAUGGGACUGCCAUGGUUUACCUAUCGAACUUAAAGCCUUGAAUACAACGGAAAAUCAUAAGAAUAACUUGGACCCGGUGCAAAUACGACAGGAAGCUCAUAGAUAUGCAGAGAGCGCCAUUAGCAAACAACGCGAUGUCUUUACAUCCUGGGGUGUCAUGGCAGAUUGGAAAGAAUCUGGAUGCUACUUUACACACCACCCAUCAUAUGUCAAAAAUCAACUACGUCAGUUCAUAACUUUAUAUGAGAGAAAUUUCAUUUCCAAGGAUUUUAAACCUGUUUAUUGGUCACCGUCAUCCAGAACAGCCUUAGCAGAAUCUGAAUUGGAAUACAAUAAGCAACAUUCAAGUACAUGUGCCACAGUCAGAUUGCUUUUGAAUGUUCUGCCUCCGGCUUUGGAAAAUUUCAAAGGUCGUUCUGUAUACGCGCUUAUAUGGACGACCACCCCGUGGACAUUAGUCGCGAAUCAAGCAGUAGCAUAUUCCAAUGAUGCAAAUUAUUGCGUCGCAGAGGAUAAUGAGAUGAAUCUGUAUAUUGUAUCUGAAGAUUUAUUGGUAGAAACCCAGGAAAAAAUCGGUGCUCUCAGGCCAUUGAUAUCAAUACCAGGGAGCCAACUCAAUGGAGGACGAUAUGCACAUCCAAUAACAGGUGAAAGCUCACCUUUGCUGCAUGGGAGUUUGGUAACAACUGCCAAAGGAACAGGAUUAGUGCACAUUGCUCCGGCUCAUGGAAUGGAAGAUUUUCUCGUUGGUUUAGCAAAUGAAUUACCAGUGGUUUCUUUAGUCGAUGAAAAUGCUCAUUACACCUCUGAAGCAGGUUCAGAAUUUGCGGGAUUAAAUGUAUUAACCGAAGGUGGCAAGGCAGUCUUGAGUCACUUAGGAAAUAAUGUAGUCAAUAUUGAGACUUAUGUACAUAGUUAUCCAUACGACUGGCGAACUAAGAAACCAGUCAUUAUAAGGGCAAGCCGACAAUGGUUCAUUAAUACGAACGCCCUUAAGCAACAGGCACUAGAUUCUUUGGAAAAUGUACGGGUGUAUCCGGAAUGCAACAGCAUAUCUUCCACCAAUGGAUUACUGCAACAAAUUCAGCAAAGACCAUAUUGGUGUAUCUCCCGGCAGCGAGUCUGGGGAACUCCAAUUCCAGUCUUGUAUCAUAAAGAUACUGGAAAUGUAAUUACAAAUAGAGAAUGGAUCGAAAGGUUGUGUUACUUGAUGGAUAAAAAUGGACCUGACUUUUGGUGGGAAUUGCCCAUAGAAAAAUUAGCUGGAAAAAAACUCUUACAGGAGUUCAACGUUGACGUCUCGGACUUGGAGAAAGGCGAGGAUAUCUUGGACAUUUGGUUUGACAGCGGCAUAUCUUGGUCAGCAGUACUGCCCAAUGGAAAAGCUGACCUCUACCUUGAAGGUAUCGAUCAAUUUACCGGGUGGUUCCAAGCAUCGUUACUCACAUCCGUGGCACUCCAGGGCACAGCUCCUUAUAAAUCAUUAUUUGCGCACGGAUUUGCAGUCGAUGACAAGGGUCAUAAAAUGUCAAAAUCACUUGGAAAUGUGAUCGAUCCCAUUGAAAUUGUUCAAGGUGGUUCUGAUCCACGAAAGUCACCUGCAUAUGGCAUUGAUACAAUGCGGUGGUGGGUAGCCAGCCACGGUACACAGCACGCUCAGAUUCCAGUUACAGAGAAUUUGUUACAAGCAAGCGCAUCGUCUGUUCAAAGGCUCAGAAUGAUCUUUCGUUUCUUGUUAGGUGCUCUCCAUCCAUAUGUUUGUGAUAAUUCUCCAGAACCCGAAUACCACUAUUUAGAUAAAUAUCUACUGCAUCAACUUUACCACUACGACAAACAGAUUGAAUUAUUGUACAACACUUAUCAGUACCAUCAAGUCUGCAGAACUAUCACAUAUUUUAUAGCAAACACUGUGUCUGCGGUGUAUUGUCAUCUGAUCAAAGAUAGACUGUAUUGUAGUAGCACUAAUUCACCUCACCGAGUAGCCGUGCUGGAUAUUAUCAACGAGAUGUUGGCCGUCUUGACAAGAUCCUUAGCUCCGAUACUUCCCCAUUUAGCAGAGGAGGUUUGGUUACACCAUCCGGAUAAUCUUGCCUCUGUACCGCUGUUCCACAGCGCUCAUAAGUUACCGGAAGAUUGGAAUCAACCGCAGAUAGCGUCGGUGGUGAAAGAUGCAUUGAAUAUUAACUCAGCAGUCAAAACGAUUGCCACCAUCAACACAUGGCAACUAGAUGCGACGAUAACGCUUAGCCCAACCCAAUUUUCAGUGAUUUCGGUGUUGCAAAAUGAUCGGAAAUCUUCCACGUCUGAAUUAUGUGAAUUGCUCCAACUAUCUUCAAUUACACUGGAGCAAAAAGAUGGGAUUGAAGAAGCACAUAUCAAUUUACAUCCGAUUGAAAAGUCGCUUUGUCCACGUUGUCGCAGACAUCCUGAACCGUACCCUGGAAAAGUUUGUGCGCGGUGUGAAGCCGUUCUAAUUUCCGUUUCGCCGUAGUCACAUGCAUUUCAAUUAAGUUAAUUAUCAAUUUUGUACAUAGAUAAACUAAAAGAUUAAUAAAACUCACAUUUGUGUUAAUA